UGUUAUAUGUCAUGCUAUAUUUUUCGCCUCCGGGGAGGAGAGACGAGCAAAGCCCGCAGGAAGCCUUCUCUCUUCUGUUAGUAAGACUUGAAGGAAAGAAACUCUAAAGAAGAGUGGCUUUUCUCUCUCCAGACUUCAUUUUAAUCUGUUACAGGUUCACAGACUCUCAGUCUCGAAUCUCGAUUUCGAUAUUAGUCUUCGUUUGUUUUGUGUAUGUGGAUGAGUAUCUGGUUGGUGGGUUCUCGUUUAAAUGUCUUCGGGCUGAAAACGGUGCGUGUUUCAGCGAGUUCUAGGUCUGAGAACUUUCAAAUUGCUCAGCAUUGAUGCUUCGUUUCCUUGGUUUCUCUUUUUUCUCUGCGUUACGUUAAUACUUUUCUGCAUUUUUAGUUCAGUGUGAAUCUUUGUUCGAUCCAGAGCUGUCGCUAGAGCUCUCAUUUGAAGCUUGUAACGGAAAAAACGGUUAGGAUUCUGGAAGUUAUGUUGUAAUUCAAUAUUUUUCUGUGGUUUCGAGUUGUUCUUGCCUUUUCAAUUGGUUCAAUUGUUUUUUUGGCGGGAAUUGGAGGUCUUCACCGUGAAUUUGGAAUUGAGGCGGGAACAAUUUUCGUAUUUUAGCUGUCACUAAAUCAAUUAGGGUUUUUUUUUCUGCAACCUGAAUUGAGCUUUGUUUUUAUUUGAUUUCCUUUCGGGUGCAAAUCACGAAAAUGCUCUUUGUAAUGACAAGUAGAAUGUGAAUUUAGGAGUUCUUAUGUUUCUAAUGUUGGAUUUGCCUUGUGAUUAUCAACAAUUUUCCUUUUUUAGUCAUAGAAACACCAGUAAAUGAUAAAUGUUAUGAUGAGCUUGAAAAAUUGAGUAGGUUGUUUUAGACAUGGUUUCUGAAUAUUUGAACCUCAGUUUAUCUGCUGCAGUGCCUUGUGAUUAUCAACAAUUUUCCUUUUAUAGUCAUAGAAACACCAGUAAAUGAUAAAUGUUAUGUUGAGCUUGAAAAAUUGAGUAGGUUGUCUUAGACAUGGUUUCUGAAUAUUGGAACCUCAGUUUAUCUGCUGCAGAAUGUGUGCAUGACUGGACAUCGGUUCUUUUUGGGUUCAUAGGGAGUGAACUCCAAAACAAGGUCUUUUUUCUCUCUGGUCCGUUGCAAUUGUUGUUAGACUGAUUUCAAAUGCCUCUUUUGAGAAGAAAGCAUUUUUUCCUGGUGGAACCACCCAAUGAUAUGGAGCAUAGUGAGGAAGUUUUUCAAAUCCGUUUCACAAAGGAAAUAUUUCGUGAUUAUCAAACAUAUCUGCAACGGCAAAAUAUAUAUCGUCAGAGAUUCUGGACGUGUAAAGUUACCGGGAAGACAAACUUAACUUACGAAGAGGCUUUGGUUUCAGAGCGACGUGCUAUGGAGAAGGUUCAACAGUUUCCGAAAGAACUAAUGGAACCUGUAUUACAUAUGAUCCAAUUCAGCAUGCUCAAGUUGAAGGAUCUUACAAAAUCAAUCUGCACAAAGUUGCAAGAACGCUUUAUAGAGGGCUUGGAGCUGGAGGUAUAUGGAAGAAAAGAUAAUUGUAUUCACCGGUGCAAAUUACUUAGGGUUCUGAAGGAUGUUGAAAAAGUUCAGUAUGAAGUAGGAUGGCUUGACAAUGAUAAGAAAGUGACUGGUAGUUCAAUAGUAAAUGCGGAUGAUUUGAUAUCAAAGAAGCUGCCUUUCACCAGAAAUGUACUUAAGUCAUUUAUUAGAGAAUCCACUUCAAGAAGUUUUCCAUGGGUGGUUCAUGAUAAACUGGCAAAGAAACAUGGAAUUUCCACUGAACCUCCAGAAGAGCUGCGAGAGAAACUCUAUAGACGCAGAAGGAAAAGCAUAGAAGCUAGCAAAACUGUCUCAUAUACUAAUAAUGAGGAGACCGACAAACGGAAAAUACUAGAAACUGAGAACUCUGAAGGCUUGACCAUGAGAAAGAAGGCAAGGAAAGAAACUGAAAAACCGAAGGAGGAACCAAUCAGAUACCCAAUCGAUGAUACUUUGGUUCAACCUGGAGCUGAUGAUCCAGUUUUCACUGAUCGUCCUUCACCAUCAAGGGAUUUUGGAAUUCCAAUGGACUGUGUUGGGGAUCUUCUAAUGGUUUGGGACUUCUUCUCUUCAUUCGCCGAGUUGUUGAACUUGUGGCCAUUCUCCCUUGAAGAUUUUGAAAAUGCAAUUUGCCACAAGGAUAGCAAUCUUAUUCUCGUAGUGGAAUCACAUUCGGCAGUUCUUCGUUUGCUAAUGAAAGACAAAGGCGGCUACUUCAUGGUUAUACAGGGAAAAAAGCGGAAGCCAAAGAUUUCUCCAAUGAAUUGGAAAGACUAUUUGUGUGACUUCUUAGAGAUGGAAGAUAUACGAGAAUUAUCUACUCAUAUAGGAACAAUAAAACGGGGUCAUUAUGGCCUUCUAGAUCCUCAAGCUAAAUUGGGCAUCUUGCGGGACCUGGUUGAUCAGGCCCUUGCGACCAAUGCUAUCAGGGAGCAGUUGGAUAAAUACAUUCAACAACAUCAGGAACUUGCAGCCACGAGGAGGGGGGAGGCAUUGGAGGAAGCUAGAAAGCGGAGAGAGGAGAAGGAACUUUUGAAAGCUGACUCUGACACCAAAGGACUACUACAGGGUCAUACCCAGGAGAAUGGAGGACACAUCUUGAACAGAUCUGAGAAUGGUGAUGGCAAUGGGACAAUUGGAGACAGUACAGACAAAGAAGAUCAGAAGGAGGGGAACCAUGCAUCAGAAAACAGUGAAAGCCAUCAUGCAAACAUGGCAUCAAGGAAAGUCGAGCAAAAGAAGAAUUUGAAGGUCACUCCAGAGGAUAUGCAAGUGUCAUCUAGCACGGAGGAUCACAGAAAAGGAUUGCGAAGAAAGAAAGAUAAAGAAAAGGAAGCUCAAGAGAAGAAAAGUAGAGAGCAAAGGGAACAUCUUGAGCGAGAGAUGGAGAAAUGUUUUGUUCGCACCAACUCUUUAGGGAAAGAUGGAAAUUAUAACAGGUAUUGGUUUUUCGGGCAUGAUGGGAGAGUCUUUGUUGAGAGUUCUGACUCCAAGCUGUGGGGAUAUUACAAUGUCAAGGAAGAGCUUGAUGCAUUGAUGGGUUCACUGAAUUGUAAAGGGGAGAGGGAGAGGGCUCUCAGAAAGCAGCUUGAAAAGUAUUAUGACAGCAUAUGCCCUGCAUUGCAGAACAGAUCAAGGGAUAUUGCUCAAAAGAUUGUAUUGGACGAGGCUGUUCGUAGAAGGUCGACUCGUGUCCGUGCCCCACCGAGGGACAGUCCAGCUUUGGCAUUCCUCCGGUAUGUUAACAAGUGGAAGGACUGACACCUGAUGCAUUAGGAAACUGGGUUGUUUCAACUAGAUUAAGUGGAUGCAAGGUAUGAGAAAUCUCAACUUAUAUCAGCAUUAUAUUCUUUGGUGGCACUAUUUUUUGUGGAGCUUCAUGUUCCAGUACCCUCAUGAUGGACUUGCAUUUGAUUGAAAUCUAUAUGGAAGAAUAUUCCUUAAACCAUACAGCCAAGGACAGAUGGCCUGACAUACUUAAUCACAAGACUCAGAUAAAAUGGAGUUGGUGAAAGGAAACCUCUUGUGUUCUAGAAUUUUGCAGGUUACUUAUUGUCAGUUUUGUUGUAAUGAUUUCCCAAUCACUUUUGUAAAUUGAACUUGGGCAGAAGAAGUGUUAAUGCAAUUAAUGCAAUAAAUUAUACAUGAAUUAGUAUAGAAUCUUGCAUUUGAA